AAACUGAACCUGAUGGGUCCUUACAACAUCAUGCGAUGUUAAGCCACCAAGGAGAUUCCAUUCUCCUCCCACAACUGCCACCGCUCGUGUAGCCGGGCAGUUUAAAAGGGGGGCAUUAGUGUGGAGGCAGGGGGUGGGUUAGCGCUGGUGCUGUCACCCCGGGCGGCGGUGCUGAAGCUGGGACUGGGGAGGGAGAUGUUGCGCCUUCUCCUCGCCCUGGUCUUCUCCUCCACUGCCCCGUGUGCCGGCUCCACGCCACAGGGUCCCGGGACCACCCUGGUGUCCGGCCCCUACUGCCGGCAGCUCUCCGCCUUGCCCAGUAGCCUGGUCUCCGUCCAGAGCAGCGACGGGGCAGUAAUGGUUCGAUCGUUGCUCCGGGCGGACGGGCAGGUGGUGCGAUGCUCCCUAGUCCGGGACCAGCCGUCUAUCCGCUCCUUUGUGGAGGACUGCCUCCACCAGGGGCUAGUCGCCCGGGCUGGAGAUCUAAGGCAACACUGGGCUGCAGACAGAGCCGCUUGCCUGAACUUCCUGAGCCGGACACCUGACGCCAUCCUUGGACCAUCAGCAGAAGAUGCCCGCUGGUCCCCGGACGCCGGCAAACAGCCUCGAACCGACAACGCGCCCGCACCUCGCCGCACCAAGAGAGGCUUCACCUACCCCGGGACCUUGUGGUGUGGGGCGGGCAAUAUCGCCGACACCUACGACCAUCUGGGCGAGUUUUCGGAGACGGACAAAUGUUGCCGGGAACACGACCAUUGUGCCCACGUCAUCUACCCCUUCUCAUCCUCCUACGGCCACAGGAACCUGAGGCUUCACACACUGAGCCACUGCGACUGCGAUGCAGAGCUAAAGAAGUGCUUGAGAAGAGUGAACGACACGUCAUCCCGGAUUGUCGGCCAGGCGUUCUUCAAUGUGUUGGAGGUCCCUUGCUUUGACCUGACCUACGAGGAGCAGUGUGUAGAACGGUUCUGGUACGGCUGGUGCAAGAGAUACGGCCACGUCCUUGUCGCUGUCCCGAGAGAGUCCGUGCUCUAUGAUUACGGAGGAGAUUUGAUCGAUGAGACGGACACGGAGAUGAAACCCGGCCUGAGUUCCCCGUCUGCCUCUCCCCCCUGGACUGGGGCGACCCCCGACCCCCCGGGCCAGCCGUCCACCCUGGGUCAGGUCAUCCAUGCGGCUGAGGACCUCCUGAAGGUCAUGGCCACAGUGACACAGAGCUCAGCCCACGGGCACCUGCCCGGGGCAGCGGCCGGCGAGAAGGGCGCCAGAAGGGCCACGCCAAGCCCGGCAAAGGCGAGGGGAGGAAGAAGAAAAGGAGGAAAGGCAAGAAGAGACGAAAGGGGAAAGGGAGGAAGAGAAAGGGCAAGGGCAAAGUUGGCAGUGAAGCCACCAACACAUUGCAGGAGGGUCUGGACCAGAAGAUUCGCAACAAGAAGAAGGACUACUUCACUGAGACUGCGGGCAGCAGCAGGAGCAAUGAAGUUGCCCACCGUUACUUUGAGAAUUCCUUGGAUUUAAUGAC